GCCUGCUUGGUUAAGAGUAAGUCAUCGUUAUAUUCGCGGGUUAACGUUGUGCAGUAUAGUGUUUUAUCGAUACCAUCUAUUAACCUAUAAAAAUAAAUAAUAAAAAAGAAACGCUUUACUGUGAUGCAAUACGUUUCAUGUUUCCCAAGUUCUUGUAAUAAAUUAAAUUGUAAGGAACCAAGUCCUAUUUUAAUAAUAAUUUCGUUUAUUUUUGUGACAGUGACUAACCCGUUCAUCCAUUGUUUCUAAAUACAAAAAUUUACCUUCCUUCUAUUUAUGACCUCUCAUUAUUUUAUUGUCUCGCUUUUUAACAAAAUUGCUAACGAAAAGAAGAAAAUAAAGUUUAAACAUCACAUAAUGUAAAUAGAUACUACAUUAUAUACAUAGGUAGUGGAUCUUAAAACAACAAAAACAACCAAAGAUGUUAAAUUUUAACAUUUCAUCAAUUAUUUAAUUAGUUACCUUUGUAAAUUUUAUUUUUGAAAUGCAAUAAAAGUGAUUGAAGCAGUGUAUUGAUGAGUUUUAGAAAUAGUUGAUUCAAUCACACGUAUGUCUUAUUCAAUUAUGAAUAAACAAAAUAAUUUAAUGAAUAUACAAAGUAAUCAAAACACGAGUUCGAUAAAUUUAGAGGAUUACAUUUUGGAUAUGGAGGCUCGAUCAACAUUAGUUGGCCAAAAAGCUGACGGCGAUAUAUGGAGCCAAUUGCAGCAAAAGGAAGCGGAUAUAGUCUUGGCAGCAGAACUGGGCAAGGCGUUGUUAGAAAAAAAUGAGGAAUUAGUAAAACAACAGGAAAAACUUAUUGAAGAUUAUUCUCAAAAACUUGAGAAAUUGGAACAAGAAAAACACGUUUUGCGACAAAAACUAGCCAUUGCAGAAGAAGAAAGUGAUCAGCGAGUUUUGGAAUUACAAUCUGACUUAAAUGAACUAAAAGACAAAUUGCAAGCACAAGAAAACGCAAUUCGACAAGCAGAAAAAGAGAAGAUAAUUCUUAUUGAUGAAUUAUCUAAUCAAAACUCGAGACUAACGGAGCAAAUACAAGAAGCCCAUUCAACAGAAGCUAAACUCAUUGCACAAAUUCAACAGCUCAAAGACCAGUAUAAUUACAGGAACUCUAGUUUACAAGAGCAUGUCAACAGUUUGGAAUCCAUUAAAAGUGAAUUGAAUUUAACAACUGAGAAGCGCCAGGACCUUGAAAGGCGCUUGCAAUAUGUUCAGGAAGAAAAGGAGUCGCUCACUUCAGCAUUGGAAGAAGCAUCCGACAGAAUACAUAUGCUCGAGAGACAUGCUCGAGAGCAAGAAACUAAGCUUGAGACAACUUUACAAGCCCUUGAAAGAUCCCAAAGGGAAAACAAUGUCCUCACUGAGCGUCUGGGUACGGAUGGGAUUUCCAGUAGUUCAAACAGUUCCCAUGGAAAAAAAUCACUACAAUUUGAAAUGGAAUGUGAUGAUGACAUGAAUGACUCAAGUUAUUCAGAAAAGCCAAAUCAGAUGUGGGUUGAAGCACGAUCUGUAUUCAUUCAGCUGAAAACACUCGUUGAUUCGUUGAAAAUAAGUGAUGAAGAAGACUCAGGUCUACAUUCCGACAUAUCAUUGGAGUCAAUGGAUACCACUCUCUCAACGUUCAAAUCCGAGGGAGAAACUGAUUUCCGACAAGGCAUGCUCUCCGCAAUCGCAGAUGAGUUAACUAGGCUUUUACUUAAUUUAGACGCAGGGAAUUUCAAGAAAAUGUUGGACCAAACACGGAAUAUUGUUUUAGAACAGGACGAUGAAAUCAAGAAAAAUCAAAGCAUUAUCAAAGAGCUUGAGUCCAAACUCACUGUGGCUGAUGUUGAGUUGGCCAAUGUGAAGGAGGAACGUGAUCAAGCUCGCGGAGAUCUAUCUGAAAAUGGAGAUCGUGACGAAAUACUUGCUAAGGCGCAAAAAGAUCGAGAUGCAGCCAAUACUAAGAGAACGAAAGCUGAAGUUGAUUUGGCCAAGGCAAGAGUUGAUCUUAUGCAGGCAAAUAGUCAGCUCUUGGAAGCAAUUCAGCAAAAAGUUGAACUAUCUCAACAACUCGAACAAUGGCAGAUGGAUAUGCAAGAGUUGAUUGAUGAACAAAUGAAGAGCAAAUUACGUUCAAGCAGAAAAGCAAAACAGCAGCAGCAAACACCCGAAUCCAUUACUUUGGCCAAGAGAGUUUCUUCGUAUAAACUUUGGAGUCUUUUUCAACGGUAACUCCAGAAUAAUCAACCUAUUGCAUUUAAAUUAAACAAAACAAGAAAAAACAAAAACAAAAAACUUAAAACACAAAUAGCUUUCUUUUGUAUCUGAUAUUUUUAUUAUUUUUUUAAUCAAGAGCAAAAUCUGUAUUUCUUAAAAAAAAUGAUUUUAUUAAGAUUUUAAUUAAUAUAAACAAAAAAACGAAAAAUUUUAUGUAGAUGAAUAGUAAAUAUUUAUGACAAAAUUUAAAACAAUAUAUUUUAUGUGUAGUUGUAUAAAUCUUUCACAACUUGCCUUAUUGAAAAAGAGAUCAAUAUAUUAUUUAAUUGUAAAACAAUUUUAAAUUGAAUUAAUAAAUGUUUAACAUCGAAAUUCACGUAA